AUGGGUCGCAAGAAGAAACCCGCACAGAAACGGAAGGACGCUCGUGGAUACAGCCAAGGAAAUCAAACACAGCAAAGGCAGCCUCAGCCCGCAUCCACCAAGGGAACAACUUCCUUGACGGCCAAAACCCACAAUGAGAUUCGAGAUCUUUUGGGAAACUUGGAUGUGAACGACACAAAUGCUGCUCAUGGUGGAAACACUAUGGUUGACACGGCAACUGGACCUUCGAACCGCUUCGAGUCGCGAUUAUCCAAUGUGGUGGAUCGACUGAAGGAUCUUGGUUUUACUGAUUCUCACAUUGAGCGAGUGGUGGUGGCCCUUCGCUACGAGAUUACUCUGGAAUUAGCCUUGGAUUGGCUGUGCUUGCACUUGGAAACCUUGGAACUACCAACACUGUUCACUGAUGGAACUCUGAGGGAUAAUCUAGCGACGGUGACAACCGAAGGGUCUCUUACCGUUUUGAAAAUGAAUGUGGUACCCAAUAGUAGUACCGAUGAUACUAGCAACACCACCAUCAACAAUGGAAAUCGUGAAGAAAAUGUCCUGGCAAUAAGCGCCACAAAAGAAGGCACUGACGAAAAGACGGAAUUGGAUGUUCAGAAGGAGAAAGAACGAGCAAAGGAACUGAAGGAACAGGAAGAGAGAAAGCGUUGGCUCCUACAGCAAUAUGAAUACGAGGCGGCGGAGGAAGAUGCCGACGAGGCAGAAAGUCAAAUAGAGGCUCCUAACUCUAGCCAAGAGCCAUUGGAAACAAUAGCUGCACCAUCUCUGACUCCCGAAGAAGAGCUGCUGCUGGAGGAAGAAAAGAAAUUGAAAGAGAUGGAAGCCGACGUAAACAAUGAUGCAAACAACUACAUGAGAAGCAAGCAAGAAAUCAAGCAGCUGAAGAAUGAACUCAAAAAGUUCAAACAGCAAGUUGCAGGUCUAAGAAAAAAAGUUGAACGGGAAAAGGCAAAGCGUGAAAAGGCAGAAAAAGAAGCAGCAGCGGUAGAGAGCAAGGAGAACGAGGAAGAUUCGGACAAAAAAGACGACGAGGAUGAGGCAAAUGGAGCAGGGAUGUUUGACCUUUUCGGCACAUCUGCAGAUGAUGAAGAAGACGAAGAAGAAGACAAGCCUGCGUCCAAUCCACACCUGAGCACAAAGAGACAAAGCUACCUUAUUCCAAAAGGAUGGACAGGUGUCACGCCGCAACGAAAGCUGGACGAAGUUUGUAGAAAACUCAAACUUCCGAGGCCAAAGUACAAUAAGCUUCCAAGGAAUGAAGGAUUCCGGCUGUCAGUUACUGUCGCAAAGAGGCAACAGCCCCAACAUUGGGAAGCAAGGAUUUUCGACUAUGAAACAGGCAGUAGUUUGAAGGACUACCUUGCAACUCAAGCAUUAUAUGCAAUCGACCCCUCAGUUCCGCUAUAUCAGGUACUCCCCCCUGCUUUCCGAGAAUUGUGGUUGUCCUGGGUAAACGCAAAAAAAAAAGAGGAAGAUAAAGUGAAAGAGGAGCAGGAGAAUGAAAAGUCGGGCCGACUAAAUCAACUUUUGUCCAUGAUUGCAGACGUUCAAGGAGGACAGCAUACGGCGAAUAUUGCGCAAGAUCCUAGGGCUGAUGUCCGAGAAAAGGGCAUCGAAACCCUAGAUGCUCCUAACAACUGGGACGAAGAGGAUGAGGACGAGCUUCCUUCUUCAUUUGUCAACCCAGCACCAACAAACCAUGGAGCAAGGUUGAAACGUGAUUUUGUGGAGCUACAAUCAUCCAAAGCUUAUCAGCGUAUGAAACAAAUCAGAACGGAAUUACCAAUGCAUUGCUAUCGGGAAAAAAUCCUAGAUAUGGUGAAGAGUAGGCCUGUCACUAUCCUCUGUGCUGAAACAGGAGCAGGAAAGACUACCCAGUGCCCUCAAUAUCUCCUUGAAGAAGCACUCUUGCAAGGAAAGGGAGAUAAAGUCAACAUACUUUGCACUCAGCCUCGAAGAGUCGCUGCAACCUCAGUUGCCGAGCGAGUAGCUGACGAAAUAUGCAUUCCAUUGGGGAAAACGGUAGGAUAUCAGAUACGGAUGGAAAACAAGCGAAGCGCCGAAACAAAACUCCUCUUUUGUACAACUGGAGUUGUCUUACGGCGAUUGCAGGAUGAUUCAAAUUUACAGGGGAUUACUCACGUCAUCGUAGACGAGGUGCACGAGAGACAGCAACAAACAGAUCUGCUUCUGAUUAUUUUGCGACAGCUGCUGCGAACGACUCGUCCUGAUUUGAAAGUAAUUUUGAUGUCAGCCACCCUUGACUCCAAGCUAUUUUGCUCUUUCUUUGAAAACGCACCACUGAUUUCUGUGCCCGGUCGCACGUUCCCUGUUGCGAACUAUUUCUUGGAAGACUUGAUGGAUGCAACUGACCAUGUAAUUGAAGAAGGUUCAAGAUACGCUAAAAGAGAGGACCGAUACGAGGAGAAAACAUCGUUGUGGGUCACCAAUCGAGGUGGUGACAAGCGACGAGAAGUCGUGGACUUGGUUUCACAAGUGGCAGUAGACGAAGUUACCAUAUACCCAGGGUACAAAAUGUCAACCAGAAGGUCCAUGCAAAGAGUAGAUGAACAGGUAAUCAACUACGAUCUUAUCGAAGAUGUUUUGUUGUUGCUCCUCGUGAAUCGGGAUCAGUGUACCCUCGAAGCUCCGGAAGGAAGUGAUCUUUCGCGAGGAUCGAUUCUAGUUUUUCUACCUGGAUUGGGAGAAAUUAAGGCCAUGACCGAAAGACUGGAAGGAAACAGGCACCUUGGCAAGAAACAACGUUUCGAGAUCAUCCCGAUGCAUUCAACGUUAUCAUCUCGUGAUCAGCGAAGAGCAUUUGUGCCUUCAAAACAAGGUUCUCGCAAGAUAAUCCUAGCGACAAAUAUUGCCGAGACCUCCGUCACAAUUCCCGAUGUUGUUUGUGCGUGGUGCUCAAAAGCAAGUUCAAAGCAGCGUGCUGGUCGUGCUGGACGUGUUCAACCUGGAUUAUGCCUCAAACUGUAUUCUUCGGGAACUGCAUAUAAUAUCAUGAAGGAUGCAACUGAGCCUGAGCUUCGUAGGGUUCCGUUGGAGGAAGUAUGCUUAUCCAUCUUAGCAAGUGGAUUCUCCAAGAACUGCCUACAGUUCUUAAAUCAAGCACCACAACCUCCAGAUCCCGAGUCCGUAGAAACUGCAAUUGCCGUAUUGGACGAGAUUGGUGCAGUUGAUAGGCAGGCCUCGACCGAGGUACUUACUCCGCUGGGCCAGCACUUGGCGAAAUUGCCUCUCGAUGUUCGGUUGGGGAAGAUGCUGAUAUUUGGAGCACUCUUCCGUUGCAUUGACCCAGUUGUCACCAUCGCCGCAUCCCUUUCCUCAAAAUCGCCAUUUUCGGCAUUUGUUGCCGAUGCAGCUGUGGCAAAGGCAAAGCACAAUGCAUUUGCUGAUUCUGAAUCCGACUUUGUCACAUACUGUAACGUAUGGGAAGCUUACGCUUUAGCCUCAGAGAAAUCAAUGUCUGAAGCACGCAAGUUUUGUACUCGAAACUAUCUCAACUUCGUUGCAAUGCGCGAGAUAGGUGAAGCUAGACAGCAAUUUCUAGACCAACUUUCCCGAAUUGGCUUCAUCGAUAGAGCAACUUUGUCGGGAAGCAGAAAUAGAUUUGAUUCAAAGGCAACAAAAUCCUCCGCUCUCAAUGGAAAUGCGGACAAGGAAACAGUUGUUCAAGCUGUGAUAUGCGCAGGGUUAUUUCCAAAUGUAGCAAGAUUGGAGCAACCGACAUCGGGUGAUUGUGAACUCUGGCAGAAUGAGCAGCGCCUAUUCUUCCACCGUUCAUCUGUAAACUCGAAGAGAAAGCACUUUGGUAGCUCUAAUCAGUGGGUUGUUUUUCACGAAAAGCUUGGCACCGCUAAUCGGACAUCUGUGUCGACGACGUGUCUUGUUCAUCCUUUUGCACUUCUUCUUUUUGGCGGAACCGUGGAAGUGAAACAUCUCCAUCGCACAGUGGUCGUUGAUGACUGGAUGACAAUUGGUGUUGCUGCUCAAACUGGAGUCAUAUUAAGAGAACUGAGGAAGAAGGUUGACAGUCUUCUGCAAAGAAUGAUUGAAUCUCCAGAAGUGCAUGGUAUGACCAAGACAAAGGUCGAUAUGAUUGAAGGUAUUGUCAGUAUCCUUUCUGCUAACGGCUCCUCCUAA